UCAUAAAACGACACCGGUUUCGUCCUCUCAUUUCUGAUUGGCGUGGAAAAAGUAAAAUAAGACUCGGCCCUUUCGCCGAGUUUCAAAAGACACCACAGAGUCGCCUCUCACAGUUAAUCGCCUCCGUAGAUUCGAAACUCCAUCACUGUUGUUUGAGCAUGGCAGCCAAGUAUAUCAUUGCUGGUGUACUUGGAUCAUUUGCAAUUGCAUAUGUAAGUGACCAACUUAUUGCUGACAAGAAGAUAUUUGGAGGCACUACCCCUAAAACUGUUGCAAGCAAGGAAUGGUGGGAAGAAACUGACAAGAAAUUCCAGGCAUGGCCUCGUACUGCAGGGCCACCAGUUGUGAUGAAUCCAAUCAGUCGCCAGAACUUUAUUGUGAAGUCCCGUGAAUCUUGAAUUAAAAAUUUAGCUGGUGAUCUGUUGGGUUAUUGUUUGAUAAUACCUUAUGGUAAUGUUUUGUCUGGUUUUACUACUUAAACAUAGCCACAAUUAGCUGAGAUGAGGCCUUUGUUUCUUCUUAUUUGUUUGCUCUUCCUGGAAAUAGGUUUGAUUGACAAAUGCUGUUGUCUUCACUAAAACAAAAUAAUGUCAGUAAAGGAUUCAGCUGUGGUUAUGGUUUC